AUGUUGAGGUAUUUUUGGCUCGAUAAUUUCAACGACUACUACGACCCGUCCCUGAAAAGAGCCAGGCAGGCCCUUCUGGAGAGAACAGGGGUCUACAUUGUAGAAGCCGAUAUAAACGACGUCGUUUUGCUGAAGAAGCUCUUCGACAUCGUCCCCUUCAGCCACGUCAUGCACCUCGCAGCUCAGGCGGGCGUCCGUUACGCCAUGGAGAAUCCAAGCUCGUACGUGCACAGCAACAUCGCGGGCCUCGUCAGCAUCCUCGAAGUCUGCAAAAACGCAAACCCUCAGCCGGCCAUUGUGUGGGCAUCGAGCAGCUCCGUCUACGGAUUGAAUGCGAAGGUGCCGUUUUCGGAGCUCGAUCGAACGGAUCAGCCCGCGAGUCUGUACGCGGCCACUAAGAAAGCCGGCGAAGAAAUCGCGCACACCUACAAUCACAUACAUGGGCUUUCUUUAACCGGAUUGAGAUUCUUCACUGUCUACGGGCCUUGGGGAAGGCCCGACAUGGCGUACUUCUUCUUCACUAGAGAUAUCUUGAAAGGGAAGUCGAUCCCGAUUUUCGAGGCGGCCAAUCACGGCACUGUGGCUAGAGAUUUCACCUACAUUGACGAUAUUGUAAAGGGUUGUUUGGGUGCGUUGGAUACUGCGGAAAAGAGUACGGGGAGUGGGGGCAAGAAAAAGGGGGCGGCUCAAUUGAGGGUUUUUAAUUUGGGGAAUACUUCUCCGGUGCCAGUUUCGGAUCUCGUUUCUAUUUUGGAGAGAUUGCUUAAGGUGAAGGCGAAGAGGUUGAUUAUGAAAUUGCCAAGAAAUGGAGAUGUGCAGUUUACUCAUGCGAAUAUAAGCUUGGCUCAAAGGGAGCUUGGUUAUAAACCGACGACUGAUCUUCAAACGGGGUUGAAGAAAUUUGUCAGAUGGUACCUCAGUUAUUACGGUAAUGAGAAAAAGAGUUCGCAGUGAUUUUUACGGAGAAAAUAUUACGAUUCUUUUUUCCCAUUUUGAUUCUUGUGAUUGUUUUUUUUUUUUAAACCUAUCUCUGUUGGCUUGUUGAUUUGGCCAAUUAUCGUGUUCUUUUUAACACGGCGGAGAUUUUCGGAGCUGUUGUGCAUUGGAAGGACAAGAAAACGAGAUUUUUUUUGUCGUUUGUGGUGGGAAUUGUAUUUGUUGUAGUUUUAUGAUCAUAGUAGAAUUCAAUGUGACUGAUAGAGCAAAUUUCGAGUGAUUUGACGAUGGACAUGUGUCGUUAUGGAUUACGAAUUCGAAUAAAACAACAUACACUAGUUUUUGACAUUUGGCGAUGCUUGUAUGUAUGUAGAUUCUUCAUUUAAUGAAUUCAGUUUGUUUUGCGCAGUA